AUGACGUCCAAAGACUUGACAAAGCCAUUCUUUUGGGGCGAAGACAAUAUUGAAGGGUUUCUUUUCGACUAUGAGAAGUAUGCAAAAUCCAAAGGUUGGGAUGAAGAGACCCAAUGUGGAAUGAUUGUGAUGCACAUGUUGGAAGAAACAAAACCUUGGGUUAGAGGACAAAGGAUAAAUCGGUUAAGAAACAUAAAACAAGGAGAAAAGGAAACAGUUAGAGGAUAUGCUAGUAGGUAUAAAGCAUAUCUAGACCUAAUAAAAAACUCCAUAAGAGAGUAUGAGAAACGGGAUUGGUUUUUAGAUGGAUUAUGGGAACCAUUUCGAUCCAAGGUGACGAUGUUCUGUCCAGAUACUUAUAUGAAGACUAGAGAUACUGUGCUUCAAAUUGAAAACUUCCAAAAGGACAGAGAGCGAAUUGAGGAUAAAAAAUACACAUUUACGAUUGAAGAAAGACCUCAGUCAGGUAACACCAAUGUAGAAGGAAUAACAGCAGCAUUAGAAGCUUUGACGAUUAACUGUGUGAAACAAGAGACGAAUGAUGCCAGUAGAAUAGAUAAAUUGGAAGAGAAUAUGAAAGAAAUUAUGAAAAUGUUUAAGCAAUUCAUAGAAAAUCAAGGGACAUCUGAACGUUCUAACUCUAGAAAUCAGGAUACAAUGAGAUCUCAAAGACAGAACUCUACGGGUUGUCAAUGUUUCGUUCGUCAGGGAGAGGGCCAUAUGGCACGUAACUGCCCAAAUAGUGUAGCUCAAGGACAAAUAGAGCAAAGAAAUGAUCAGAGAAAAAUGAAGCCAGAAAAUAUAGAUAAUAGGGACAUAAAUAUUCAUUAUUUUGAAAUAAUGGAUACUUCAUCGAAUAUUGGUGUGGAAUGUCUCAAAGUAGAAAUGGUUAAAGGAGAGCCUAUUUUCAACACUAGAAAUUAUCAUUUUCGAAAAAGAAAAUGUCCUAACGAUGAUGAGGAGAUCCUAGAGAUGACUAGUAGUGAUCAAAAGGAAGAAACAGAAGAGAAUAAAAACACUCCUUGA